AUGCCACCCCCCUCCCUCCUCCGCCCGCGGCCCCUCGCUCCCGCCUGGAGCAGCACCCUCACCACCCUCUCCACCGCCCUUGCCGCGCCGCCGCGCAAACGCAUCCGCCUUUGCGGGCCCAACCCGGACUUCGAUCUAGUACCUGCAUGGCGAAGACCCUACGCCACCGCGGGCCAGGCCGCGCGGGAAGACGCCGCGGACGCGUGGGCCGCGGGGGUGGACGCCGCGUCGCGGUACGAAGCUGCGUCGCCGCUUCGCGAGCCGCGGCCGCAUGCGGAGCCCGCGCCUGCGUAUGUCGGGAGGCGGUUUGUGGGGUUGCCGGCUGGGGAGGAGGGGGCGCGGGGGAUGCCGAGACUAGAAGGAGCUGGAGCUGGGAGCGAGACGCUGGGAGAGGAGGAUGCUGGCGCGCGAGGGGGCGGGAGGGUUGGGAGGGGCCCGCAGACGCAGACGCAGACGCAGACGCAGAUGCAGCGGGAAGGGGAUGGGCUCGGUAGACAUACGGCGGCGCGGGGGCUGGAGGGGAUGGAGCUUUUCCGGAUACGGAAAUAUAUUGGGAGGGACGUUGGUGGUGCGGGGAGGGGGAAGAUGCGGGUUGGCGAGGGUAGGACGGCGCGGAGUUUGCUGGAAGGACGGGAGAGGGCCGCGGUCCCGCUGCGGAAACACACGUACGGACGGAAAUACCUGGAUUUUCCUAGUGUUGCUGCAGGUCCGCAAGGUCGUAUCCAAACUCGAGAGAGGCGGGUGGAGGCGAGAGAGGCGGGGGCGCCGUUGGAGCAGGUGGGUGUUGAGGAGAGGAUAGUUGAUCGGACUAGGAGGGUUAAGAGGAGGGCGGGGUUGGAGGCGGAUGGCGGGAGGAGAGGGAACGCUGCAGUUAAGAGGAGGUUAGACCGGCAAGAUCGCAGCGAGCGGAUGCAUGCUAAGAAGAUUCUCGCGGGUGCGAUUGAAAGGGGCGCACGGGCGAAAGAGGAGCAACAGCGCGAUGUUGAGGAUGCCGAACGAGACCGUUGGAAACCGCUGGUUUAUUCUGGAUCUACGACUGUUGAGGAUCCCGAACGAGACCGUUGGAAACCACUGGCGCAUUCCGGAUCUAGCACUGUUGAUGACAUCGUACACACUGGGACAUCGACACCUGAGUUAGCAAAGCGAAGAACUGAGCCACGUCCAGCUCAGAAGCAAUUUAAGUUUUCGGAAAUCCUGCCCGAAAGUCACUCGUCCUUGAGGCACGCUAUCCUGGCGUCUCUAAGAGUUCAUCACUUGCAUGAGAAUUUUCUUAGAGAAACUCGCGUUGCACUGCAACUUCUGAACGGCCCUGCCGCCAAAUCCGACAUGCUAAACCUAUUUUCCGAGGCAGAAUCCACCGUCAAAGAAACAAGGAUACUUUGUGAUGACUUCCGCAGCGUACAGGCAAACAAUGCUCUAGUGAGAGAAGCGUCUCGACUGCCGCCUGCUGAAGCUGCUCUAUUUUACGGUAAAUGGUUGGUUGAGAUUUUCAAUUCGAGACUCGCAAGUUGGAAAAGGUAUCUCGAGUAUCUGUCAAAAUCUGAUAGUGAGAAGAAGAUUAUUCAAGAGAAGCGGAGACUUCGCAGCAGUCAAAAUGCCAUAGAUGCAGGCGAAGAAAGUCCACAGAAGAUGCGUAGCCCAGUCAUGUCGCCAAGUCACUCAACGACUCUGCCUGAUUCCUCGCAGAGUCUAUCACGGGACGACACCGCGUUGACGCACGCUAUACGUAAGGCUAAGGGACGUUCCGAAGUGCAAGGGGAACUGCUCAGAGAGUGUUGCGAGUCGUUGAAGUCAUUAUCUGACUCGUCCGGCAAAUUGGAGAUACUACGAAUCUGUUUCGAGGCACGUUCCAGUCUUUUGAAAGCCACCGGCCUCUGUGCAUCUUUUUUAAGAGCGCGCCAGAUAAGGAGUCGUAGAGAAGCGUGCUCAAGAACGUCGCCUGUGCAAGCCGUGAUAGCUGAGGCCAAUUUAUUGUUUCGUUCGGUCUCUGUAUCUCGGAGUCGCGGGAAGAAAGCGCUUGAACACUUCAAAAGGUCCCCUGGUGAAAGGGAGAUUCGCGCUGUAGAAGACAAAAUCUCUGUUCUUAAGCGUAUUUGUGUCGAGCUUGAGCGACGGCUACGAGACAUGCACGUCAGCGCACAGCGAGGCGACGCUUUGCAGCGGCUCCUAGAAAUCGCACCUUCGCUCAAGCCGGGCAAGAAGACGCGUAAAGCAGACGAAGGGCCUCCCCUCGUGAGAGCGGUACUUUCGACAGUACCCGAGAUAUCUCUUGCUGCCAACUGGCCAGCUUCACGUCCGACCGAUGACCUCGAACCCAACAAGCCUGUCCCACAACUUCCGAGAAGGCGUUUCAGCGAGACAGCAUGGGAAGCCUUGACGGCUGACGAGAAACCGCUGGUCUCCUUCGUUGAUGAACGGCCAAUUUCACGUCUGAGAGAUGAGCCUGAGCGCAACAAGUCUGUCCCACAAGCUCCGAAAAUGAGCAAUGGGCUGCAGGUUAGCGAGCCAGCAUCGGAAGUUUUACCGGGUGAAGGGCAAGGGCUAGUCAGGAAAACGACUUCGAAAGAUCCAUUGGCGGCACAAGAUACGUUGGCUUUGGUCGAAGAGCUGGUGAGAAGGCUGACGAAGGUGGAGAUUGACCGGUAUUUGAAGGAGGAAUUGCAUGUACAGAUUCCCCAGUUGGUCCAGAGUGCUGCGGUCUCGGAUUCGUCGCAACAAUCGCGCCAGGGAGGCAACGCGACUGGGAAGGGGGAGGGUGGUCGACAAGAAUCGCGGAGGCUACUCAACGUAGAACCAGAGGACGACUCGACGUCCGCAAAGACUGGCGCGCAGAUCCAAUCAGAUUCGCUUUAUUCCCAGGCGAGAUCCGCAAAUGGGGGCGUCAUACGACAGCCCAUCGAAGAAUGGACUCGCCAGGUCGGUCAUGAAUCUAACGACUCGCGAGUAUUAUCUCAAUUAGACGUACGGAGGGAUUCAGAAAGCAUGGAGUCUGCCUCGGGCCAGUCCCCACCAUCAGACGAAACUCCUAAUGUCUCCCUCCUCGAAGAGCUCUUCCCCGAAACUGUGAAGCAGGGACAACUUACUCUCCUCGACUCCCGCGAAGUACCGAAACUCAACUCACCCGCGACCUUGAAGUCAUCCCAGCGUAAUCCCAAAUCCGGCCUCAUUCGCCAUCUCGCAGUAUCCUCUCCCUCCGAUCCAACUCCGGCGCCAUCGCCAUCUCAAGUUUAUGCCGCGAAACUCGAAUCCUCAGCUGCUAACCGCAACAUCUUCCCCGGCGGCAACUCCACCACGGUCCUCCACCUCACCAACGCCUCAACGACCCUCACUGAAGCCGACUUCCACCGCCUCGUCCCGCACGGCGCCCACAUCCCGCAGUGGAGCACUCCCACAACCGGCGGCAUCGCCCGCAUCGUCCCCGGCCGCGACACGGCAAGCCUCCAGCGCCAAAACCACUACUACCUCUUCUUCUCCUCCCCCGGUGCUGCCUACGCCUACCAGAACAACGCCGCCCGCAUCCACAAGCUGGCGUCGAUGCACACCGCCGGAUCCAUCUCCGACGCCAUCCCCCCGCCGCCGGGCUUCUGCGAGGACGGCGAGGACAUCGACGAGCUCAUCAAGAGCUACGCGCUCGCGGUCCCGGGCCUCUCCCUGCACUUGAAUCUCGAACCACCCCCCUUCAACCCCUUGCUCGCUGCCCUCGUCCACCACGGCGGCUACCGCGGCGUCGUGGGCCAGAACGGCGAGGUCGGCCGCCGCGUGCUGCUUGAGGUCGCGGGCCGCAAUCUCGGGCGACGCAUACUGUAUAACGCGAUUAAGCAUGACGGCUUCCGUCGCGGGAUGCUGUGGCCCAUCUCUGGUGGGCUGGGGGGCGUGCUCAACCUCGGCGAUAUCGUGGGACUCGAGAGUCUUGUUCGGCGGAAAGCGGGCGCGGGGUAUUACGCCCUCGGCGUGGGCGAGGCGGGUACGCUGUUCCGCGAUAUCAAUCUAGAGAGCGGCAGCGAGGCGGAGUUCCAGCCGACGUUUGGCGUGGAGCUGGACGCCGCGCCGCAGUUUGGCGGCGAGCGGGGCGUCGCGCGGUUUAAGGGCGAGCUUGGCGCGGGGAGUGGGAGUGGGAGGGGCGUGGGGCCCGAGUCAGAGGAGGCGCGGUUGAGGCAGAGUGUAUACGUGCUGAAGAAGAAGGUGCAUGGGCGGUAUGUGGUCGAGUUUGAGGACGAGGGGGCGGCGAAGAGGUUUGCGCGGGUUUGGAGGGGGAGGGUUAUUUCGGAACAUUGGAUGAACAUGAGUGGUGGGAAGGAGGGGCAGGAGAGGAGGGUGGAGGAGGGGAGGGUGGUGCAUACGGAGGUUUUGUGGUAG